AUGACUUCCGUCAUCAUGAACAACAACAACAACUGCGAGGAGGAGUUCCUUCCUUCUUACGAGCCUCAUGGGUUUGACGACAGCUCGUCCGUCUACGUAGACUAUGUGGGUUAUGAGGACUACGAGGACGAGUCCGACGAUGAGUCAGAGCAGACUGCCCGAAACGUCCCCAAUGGCCUCAUCUUGACCUGCGUGCAGAACGGCAACUGGUUCCUCGGCAGCCACUUCUCCGCCGCGCACACCCACAUCUACGUCUGCCGAAACCCCUCCUCCAUCUCCCCCGCUGCCCGCUCCACCGUCGCCUCUCUUGCCUCCAUCUUGGAGCUCGCUUACCAGCCCUCCCUUCACGAGAGCCCCAUGUGGGUCGCGGGGAAGCUGGAGGAUGAUAUCAAGUGGCUCAAGGGGAGCAUCGACAAGUUCAGGGGCUUCACUCAUAUCCGGUUCAAAGACAGGAAGGCAUAUUACAAGGCGGUGCAGGCAGUCAAGGCGGCUGCUGGUACAUGCCGCAGUCCUAAAGACCGCGAGGUGGAGAUGAUCUUUCCCGGGGGUGUGCGUGUUGAGGCAUGA